CUCAAACUUAUUCGCCGUGUGACUACGUGCACCAAACCAUGAUACCCGUACCAAGACACCACGGGAUGAAUAUGAGGGAUAUUAUGUCUAAUAACCAUGGUUUGCAUUUUUACCAGGACAUAAACCUCAAGCUUGCAAAAAGCAGCCAAGUGCUACACUUUCAGUUUAGAGACGACAAGCAGUGGAAACUGCAGCAGAUUCAAGAUGCCUGGAAUCAUGUUAGCCAAGCUAUUCAAAUGCUUAACAGUCGUGAUGAGACCUACAACUUCAAAACAGGGGCUGAGGUUAUCAAGUUGGUGGAUGCAGUGAUGCUCCAGCUGACACGUGCAAGAGGUCGCCUUACCACUCCAGCUUCCAUGACACUCACCGAGCUGGGAACAAGUGGUCUGAUGGUAUUACGCACUCAUUACACACACUGGGGACUAUCUCUAUGUCCUCGUGCUCUACACCCACUGGCAACUCUAUUUCUAACAUUGUUUUUCAUAUAUAUUAACUAUA